AUGGGCGUUACAAUCGAAACCAUCACUCCCGGCGACGGUGUCACCUUCCCUAAGAAAGGCGACAAGGUGGCGAUUCACUACGUUGGUACCUUCCUGGACGGCAAGAAAUUCGACUCUAGUCGGGAUCGUGGGUCGCCGCUGGUGACGAAGAUUGGUGUCGGGCAAGUGAUUAAGGGAUGGGACGAGGGCGUCCCACAACUAUCUCUUGGUCAAAAGGCAAUCUUGACCGCCACACCAGACUACGCAUAUGGCGCCAACGGCUACCCUCCCAUCAUCCCCGGCAACGCCACCCUCAAAUUUGAGGUUGAGCUGUUGAAGAUCAAUUGA